UUGAUCUGAAGAUGGCUGCACAGUCAGCACCGAAGGUUGUGCUAAAGAGCACCACCAAGAUGUCUCUGAACGAGCGCUUUACUAACAUGCUGAAGAACAAACAGCCGAUGCCAGUGAAUAUUCGGGCUACCAUGCAGCAGCAGCAGCAGCUAGCCAGUGCCAGAAACAGAAGACUGGCCCAGCAGAUGGAGAAUAGACCUUCUGUGCAGGCUGCUUUGAAGCUUAAACAGAAGAGCUUAAAGCAACGCCUCGGUAAAAGUAACAUUCAGGCAAGACUAGGCCGGCCGGCCGGACCCCUUGCUCGCGGAGCCAUGGGAGGAAGAGGACUGUCUAUGGGGCAGAGAGGUUUGCCACGAGGAGCCAUGCGUGGUGGCCGGGGAGCAAGAGCUCUGCUGAGAGGAGGAGUCCCACUCCGAGGUCAGAGCCUGCUUCGUGGAGGACGAGGUAUAUCCCCCAGGAUGGGCCUGAGGAGAGGUGGCAUUAGAGGUCGUGGUGGCCCUGGAAGAGGUGGUCUAGGCAGAGGUGCCAUGGGCCGCGGAGGACUUGGUGGCAGAGGUCGCGGCAUGGCGGGUCGAGGACGAGGGGGCUUUGGAGGUCGUGGCAGAGGCAGAGGACGAGGAAGAGGAUCGGCACGUCCUGCCUUGACCAAGGAGCAGCUGGACAACCAGUUAGAUGCUUACAUGUCUAAAACGAAAGGACACCUCGAUGCGGAGCUGGAUGCUUACAUGGCUCAGACGGACCCGGAAACAAACGACUGAAGGUCGUUCCAAGAGACUGUUGUUGAAGUUAGUGUGUUAUGUCGAUGCCCAUAAGCUAAAAAUGGAAACCCUGAUUCAUGCUGGAAGGACCCGCAGGAAUAGGGAGCGGCCCCGUUUACCAAGAGAUCAGACUUUAGUGUGUUCCUUUAACCUUUUGAUACUCUCUGUUG